AUGAAAAAGAAAAGUCAAAGUAAGGGAAACACCCAAAAGUUAUAAGUAGAAGUUGAUAUUAUGGUUUGAUUGUUCUAUAUACUCAUAGGAAUAACGAAUUGUUGGACUUAAAUAAAUAUUGCAAUCUCAAAAAGAGUCUGCUAAAGAAAAAAUGCAAAUGAGCUAAGGAUCCACAAGGUGGUCGGCAGCUUCCACUAAUGUUCCUCUUAGAAGUACGUGAGUAAUUACUAAGAUAGAUUAUGGGAAACAUGUUUUAGAAAAACAUAGGGAAGUUGCAAAGACAUUCCAACAGAAAAAUAAAUUAAACAAAGUGCCAUCCAGGCCAUCCUCUCGCUCUAGUUCACUUUCUAAACAGAGCAAGCAAUCAGAAACUUAAUCUUAAUAGAAUCAGAGCUAUUUGACGUAGAGUCUGAAUUUUGCAGGGAAGAAUUCAGCAAAUGAAAAUUUGAAACGAGCACUUCAAGUCCAAUAAUGUAAAUCUUACAGACUUAGAUUAGUUAGAAUACUCUAAUGAAGUUGUCAAAUUCCUCAAUUCCAUUAAUCUUGAUAAACAUGCUGGUGUGAUACUUGAAAAUGGAUUUGACGAGAUGGACCUUUUAAAGGAAAUAUCGGUUGAUCAUCUAAAAGAUAUGAAUAUUCCACCGAUGGAUGCAAGGAAAUUAUUGAACCGAGUGCAAAAAUUAGUGGAAACUGAGGAAAGAAAGCAGCUUCAAUCUUAAAAAUAAGCAUAGCGUUUAAAGGAAUCCUAAAGCCAUAUUGAAGAGAUUGCUAAUUCAGAAAUCUAUGAUGAGGAGGAACAACACAGGUUAUUUUAGGAAGCAGUUAUGGAGUAUAGACAAUAAUAGAAGUAAUAGAAAGAGUAGAAGGAAUAAGCAAUAUAACAUACGGAGGAAAUAUUGAUUGAAGAUGAAUCAUUAGGGUACGUAUCAAGUAGACAGAACAAAAAAGAGGAAUAAUAAAGAAAUAAAAUGAAGUUUCUCUUAUCAGGAGCAAAUGAAUGGAAGAUGUUUGAUGUCGAUUAUGAUUAAAAAUAGGGAACUGAUUAAUAACCUGUUAUAAUUGAUAAAACAUCUUGCUAUUAAUGUUAUAAGUUGUUUGAUUAAAAGUUUGCAAUAGGCAACAAUGGCAGAGAAUUUUGCACUAAAGAAUGUCUUGAAUCAUAUAAACUAUAAAAUAUAGUAAGGAAUUUUCAUAUGAAUUUUAGUAUCUCUGUAGGUCUCAGUCAUGUGCUAAGCAAAUUGAUAUAGCUUAAGCACAUUAUGAGAUUGGCCAAUGGUUCUGUAAUUAGGACUGUUUUAAAUAGUACCAAUGGGAAAGUGUCAACAUCAGAGGAAGAACCCACAUUAGUUUAUGA